UAGGAUCACGUAUAAGAAUGCAGUCAGUUUAUAAAUUGGUAUCAACUGUCAAUCAAUUUUACAGAGAAAUAAAUCCCGCAACGCUUUCGGGAGCAAUUGAUGUUAUCGUUGUUCAGCAACCUAAUGGUGAUCUCGCAUGCUCGCCGUUUCAUGUUAGAUUUGGAAAACUUUCCGUUUUGAGACCACAAGAAAAAAAGGUUGAAAUGACAGUUAAUGGCAAAGUCGUUGAUUUUCCAAUGAAGAUAGGAGAAGCGGGUGAAGCAUUUUUUGUUUUCCAGACUGAUAAUAUGGUUCCCCAAGAACUUCAAACGUCUCCGCUUGCAGGACCUACUGAAUUUUCUUUAACUGAAGAGCCUGAUUUUCUUGAUCUGGGUGCCUCAAGCGCACGGGAUUCACCAGUUUCGAAAGAUAGUACUCAAAUUUAUGAUUUUGGACGUAAUAAUAUUCUUGGCUCUGACUUUGGUACGGAAGAAGGAGCGUCAGAUCCAGAAAACGCUACUGAUUUGGAAUCAGCAAUUUCAAAUGCUGUAGUUCCUGUCGGUUUCACAUCAGACGAUGAAACAAACGCAGGCAAAGUAAUUGUACAAAUUGAUUCUCUUGAAGAGGUUCACGAAGUCGAAAGAACCAUUGUAAAUGGACAGACGGAUUCUAAUACUGUGGAAGUUAAUUUACAACAGCAGGUCUCAGAAUAUGAUCACGGAUCGAAUAUAAUAUCAACUGAAAAGAGCGAAAUGAAUGAAAAGCUUGACUAUAUAUCUAGUAAACUACGAAAUGAAGGUGUUGAAUAUGAUAAUGUUCAAACAAAUGAUAUGUCUCAUAAUGACUCAGUAAUCGGAGUUCGUUCUGAUUUUCAUCCUGAAUCUAAAAUCGAUAUAACCGAACAAUCAUCCAUUGAUGAUGGUGAAAUACUUGAAGACAAGAAAUCAAAUAAUGAAAGGGCUUUAUCAAUGCCGUUGGUUCAUUCAAAUUGGGGAAAAUCUGAUGGUCCCUUUUCUGACACAGAACUGGAUGAAACACGAAAACCUGAAAAACCGUCUGAGAGACGCAUACACAGAACUAGCCCCUUAAGUGAUACAGAGUUAGAGUACGAACCUGUGAAUGAUCCAAAAAAUACUGCAGAAUGGUCGUGGGGCUGGGGGACGCUACCUGUCAGAACAUCUGAUAAAAUGGAACAUUGGCAAGAAAGUUCUGAUAACAAAGAAUGGAAAGAUCAUGAAAAGCAAACCGAGAAUACAUCUGGAGUUCAGAUUGGAGAUAAAAAUUAUUGUUUUGAAAUGUCACUUUGUGGCAGUGAUACUUUUGGAAGGGAUGAGAAAAUGGAUGCUGAGUUAUUUCGAAAGCACUUAAUCACUUUUGAGAAAUUUACAGAAAACCCACAACUUUUGAAUGAUAAAGCGCUGGUUAUUAAAUAUGAAGAUCGAUACCUUACAUGGGCCACGGCCGCACCAUUGAUUAUAUCUCUCGUCGUAUUCAAAAAACCACUUCCCGAUUCUACCAUGACACUUCUGACCAGUAAUCGAUCCGAAGAGUUGAGGUCGAAUAAACGAAAAUAUAGUUUACGAGGAUUGAGUCGAUGGUGGAGCCGUUCUUCGAGCCCGCAACCUGUAGACACUAUAGAAGAGAGCAAUGAUGAAAAAGCACAUAAUAAUACAAAAAAU